AUGUCGAACGAAAUUUCAGUCAUAUCUGCUGUUCGCCACAACCCGAAAAGAGCGCAUGCACAAAAUAAUCAUCCUGAAUCUGACGAUCAACGUGCGGAUCGCGAGGAAAAUGAUUGCGUUGCAAGAAGUAAGGUCAAAGACCAGAGCGGGCGAGUUGCCGCGCCACUGUGGGAGGCAAGGGCGUCAGCCGUACCAGCUCAUGCGUUUGCCAGCGAGAUACUUGAUGUGCAAGCCGCGCCCCUGAAGCCGCGGCAACUUACACACGACCCCGGGCGUAUGAUGUAUCCGAAUCCUUGGAUCGCAAUCCGUACAAGAACAAGGCUUCUGUUAUGCAGCGUUAUCCCUUCGAAAAGUAUCGAUGUGCAGAAGCGCGGUUUUCCACUGUACUCGCUCCGGCAAAUCACCGAGUUCAGCUCGCCUUGCGAGCAAGGGCGCAAGGUCAGCUGGGCCGACAUAGCAUUUCGACGCGAAGACAAGACUCAAGCGGCACUGAUCACAGAAACAGGUCACUUUGCUAGCUGGAGCAUCGAUUUUCCAGUGCAAGGGCGCAAAUGGAGCAGCGGCAUGAUGAUUCGCUCUCGUGAAUCGUUCGACAAUGGAAACUCCGGCCAUGAUUCGGAUGCCUCAUGGCGAUUGUGUCAGGGGCCGACGUCAUACUCGAUUCUUGCACACUCAUCACACACCAUCUACCAUCAAGACCUCAGAACGGCCGAGGCGAAACAACUUCUCUACUCUGCCAAAGUUCACCCUUGGAUUAUCGCCAAAGAGCGGAUCACCAGCAUGACCUCAAUAGAGGACAGGUACUCGUCACCGCUCUUUUUUGCGAGCACCACUGGUGAAGUGCUCUGUUUCGAUGCACGCAAGACAAGUCGUCCACUUCUCACAUGGCAGCAUGGGCGAGGGCCAGAUACAUCGCUGGCAUUGUCCGCCGUUCCGGACACUACGCAAAUCUUGCUUUCCUCAAGCUUUUCCCGCUUGCUCGUAGCUUAUUCGGGUACUGGAGUCGCGCACUCUGUGGCUGAGCCUUAUCAGGUCGCCUCAGGACUACCUAUUGGAUCUUUGCAAGGUGCCCUGCCCGUCUGCAUCGAUUGGUCAUCAUUUGAAGACGACCAUUGGGAGGAGCGGACCGGCUGCUCGCAUGCCUUGUUCCAGAUGAGCUCGACGGGCGCAGUUGUGGUCUCCGGACUUUCAAGACAUAAUGAUGACUCGAACGAGGCACGUGGAGCGCACCUCUCAGCGUUAGAGCCUUUCCCCAUCAGCCUGAACGGGCCAGGAAUGGCCUUGCUUGCAGAGCUUGAGCGACGCGUUAGCAAUCAGGCCGACAGAGAGCGCGACUUUGAGCUCGUCAAUCACGAAGCGGUCUGGAAAGCGGCUACCACCGGACAAUUGGUGCCCGAUGUGGCGAAAGGGCCAAGGGCGAUUGUCGAGGAGGCUCAGGAGACUUGCGCACUAUUGCGCGAGGAGCAGGGUCUUCAUGCUAACUUGCACUAUCUGCAUCUGCCGCACGAGGCGUUGCGACUUUUUACCUCCCCAGGUCAAGCGGUCGCAAGUGGCAGUCAUGGCUUCCCCAUAACACCUUUUCGCGCCUUGGCUGCCUCUUCCGCAGCUCAUCAGGCGUACGACGAAGUGCUUCAGACACUGGGAGACGAAGCUGAGCAGAUCAACUUGAAGGGGUCGCUGCAAGAUGCACUGGGGGCUGGCGUCUUUUCGUCUGACAACUUUGGGAAGGGGAUAGAACAUACGUGGGCAUCGAAAAUCCUCACGUGGGACCUUCGUUUAUCGUCGUCCGCGAUUAAGCCCGAUGGCUUUCGUGCCGAGUCCUUGCAGAGAGACCAAGCUCAACAUGGUACAUACACUCUCACCGAUGACUGCCUCGUGCUCAGAUCGAAUAACGAAGCCACACAGGUGAUCGGGAGUGCACCGGAAAGGCCGUCUUUCAGCACACUCGAGCCUUUGCAUCAGCCAGGUUCCUGGUCACUGCAACUCCGCAACAAGAACACAAGGGGCUCGAGAUCAGCCUUCGCCGAUCGAUCAGAACUUCAGGGGCUAGGCGAAGUCCGCCUUGGGAACGGAGCCAAGCUCGUACUGGAUGAUUGGCAGCUGGGAAUGCCCCUGUCGGCAAGUGUGUACGCUGCUCGACUUGGUCGCGACGACCGUUUGCCUAGUGAGAACUCUGCACGCGCGAGCAGCGUCAGCACUUCUGCUGCCGCUAGCUUGAGGAGGUCCGCUUCGUCCACAGGAGGCACGCCCGUGUCUGGCAGCUCGCCGCCCCCAACUCUUGGAGCCUUGCAGAUUCCUCGCCCGACAUUUUCGUCAUUCCAGCCACCGGCCAUUGCUGCCUCGUCGCAGCUGGCAAGUCGGGCCCAGAGGAUAUCGCAGGUGCAGCCGCAGCUGCAAGUGCAUAUGCGCAAGCAGCAGCACUUUGAACAGAAAUUGCAGCGUCCUACAAAUAGCCCUCUAUCUCGACGGCCUGCCUUCCCCGUAGAGCAGCCUCAGCGUUCCGUGCAUCCGCAUGCGUCGAUGAGCCAACCGGUUCAGCCUUCACACCGCAACGAAAGUCAGCCACAUGCGGCUGCACAGAGGGAGCACCCAGCCACGCAAGGAGCGGGUACACAACAAAGCAGCUGGCCGCAGAGAAAGAAGAAAAGGUUGGGUGGCUUCUAG